AUGCCUCCCAAGCGUAUUGCAGUUCAGCCCGCUCGCAGAGCCCAGCCUCAGGGCUACUUCGGCCAGAUAUAUCACACCUUGACAUCAGAGGAGAACGCCAGCGUGGUCAUCAGUGUUGCUAUGUUCGGGGUAGGUCUAACUGCGUACAUCCAUCACUUCGAGUUUUUGUUUCAAUUC